AUGGCCCCCUCCGCGUCCAAGGAGAAGCGUCUCGCGAAGAAGGCUGCCGAGGGCAAGCUCGACAAGAAGACGGCCGCCAAGCGUGUCGGCUCCAAGAACGCCAGCACCGCCGCCUCCUCCGUCAACGGCGACGAGCCCGAGCUCGACGCCCACGGCAAGCCCAUCCAGGCUGAUGGCCCCGCCACCGGUGCCGACAAGGCCGACGAGGUGAAGCGUCUCGCCGACCAGAUGGACAAGCACGGCAUCUCCGACCGUGUCACCACCGGUGUCCUGGCCUCGACCCAGACCUCCAAGGACGUCAAGAUCACCUCCACCUCCCUCGUCUUCCACGGCCGCCAGCUCAUCCAGGACAGCACCAUGGAGCUGUCCUACGGCCGCCGCUACGGUCUCCUCGGCGAGAACGGCUGCGGAAAGUCCACCCUCCUCAAGGCCAUCGCCGCCCGCGAGUUCCCCAUCCCCGAGCACAUUGACAUUUACCUGCUGAACGAGGGUGCCCCGCCCACCGACCUGGGUGCCCUCGAGUGGGUCGUCACCGAGGCCGAGCGCGAGAUGGAGCGUCUCGACAAGCUCGCCGAGCAGAUCCUCGAGGACGAGGGUCCCGAGAGCAUUGUCCUCAUGGACGUCUACGAUCACAUGGAGUCCAUGGACCCCUCCACCUUCGCCACCCGUGCCUCCCUCAUUCUGACCGGUCUCGGCUUCAACAAGCAGACCAUCAACAAGAAGACCAAGGACAUGUCCGGUGGCUGGAGGAUGCGUGUCGCGCUGGCCAAGGCGCUGUUCGUCAAGCCGUCGCUGCUGCUGCUCGACGACCCCACGGCCCAUUUGGAUCUCGAGGCCUGUGUGUGGCUCGAGGAGUACAUGAAGAAGUGGGAGCGCACCCUCGUGCUCGUCUCCCACUCGGAGGAUUUCCUCAACGGUGUCUGCACCAACAUGAUUGACAUGCGCGACAAGAAGCUCAUCUACUACGGUGGUAACUACGACUCGUACGCCAAGACGAGGGCCGAGUUGGAGACGAACCAGAUGAAGGCCUACCACAAGCAGCAGGACGAGAUUGUUCACAUCAAGAAGUUCAUCGCCUCGGCCGGUACCUACGCCAACUUGGUCAGACAGGCCAAGUCGCGCCAGAAGAUUCUCGACAAGAUGGAGGCCGACGGCUUCAUCCAGCCCGUGCACCAGGACCGCGUCUUCACCUUCCGCUUCGCCGACGUUGACAAGCUGCCGCCCCCCGUCCUGUCCUUUGACAACGUCACCUUUUCCUACUCUGGUGACGCCAAGGACGACCUGUACCGCAACAUUGACCUCGGUUUCGACAUGGACUCCCGAACCGCCCUCGUCGGCCCCAACGGUGUCGGCAAGUCGACCCUGCUGCGUCUCAUGACGGGCAAGCUCUCGUCCACCAACGGCUCCGUCACGCGCCACACCCACCUCAAGCUCGGCCUCUACUCGCAGCACUCGGCCGAGCAGCUCGACAUGACCAAGUCGGCCCUCGACUUUGUGCGCGACAAGUACUCGGAGAAGUCCCAGGACUACCAGUACUGGCGCCAGCAGCUCGGCCGCUACGGCCUGACGGGCGAGUCCCAGACCUCGCUCAUCGGCACCCUGUCCGACGGCCAGAAGAGCCGUAUCGUCUUCGCCCUGCUCGCCAUUGAGAGCCCCAACAUGCUGCUGCUCGACGAGCCCACCAACGGUCUCGACAUUCCCACCAUUGACUCGCUGGCCGACGCCAUCAACGCCUUCAGCGGCGGUGUCGUCGUCGUGUCGCACGACUUCCGUCUCCUCGACAAGAUUGCCAAGCAGAUUCUGGUGUGCGAGAACAAGACCAUCAAGCCUUGGGACGGCACGAUAGGCGAGUACAAGAACUACCUGCGCAAGAAGAUGAUCUCGGCCGGUGCCGUCUAA